GAUGCAUGGCUUGUACAUACAUUGUAGAUGAUUCUCCGUUAACAUAUCAGAUGAAAACGGCGAUUCGUGUGAUGCCUAUUAUAGUUAAUGGCUACGACAAACGUACGACGAAAAAGGAUUCAUGUAAGUGGUAGAUGGAUAUAUUAUCUAACAAUUUGUACAUGAGCACGAAGUGGCAGAAUUGCCAUCGCAGAUGUUAACGCACACAUUCAUCCAUCUAUUGAAACCCACAUCUCUCUUAAACUAAACCCCCUGAAUACCUAAAAUAAUCAUGACCUCAAAUCACAGCACCAUCGCAGCAGAGAAGCCCAAGCCUCUCCGCGUAGCAAUAGUCGGUGCUGGAAUCGGGGGUCUCGUUUUGACCCAGCUCCUGCGAGGAGACCCCAAGUUCUCCGUCACCGUCUAUGAGCGAGGGGGCAGAAAUGAGGAAGCCAGUUCUUUGACCGGUUUCCGCAUUCUGCUCUCCAAGGAGAUGCUUGCCGCACUGCGAAGCCAACUCCCAGCCGACGUAACCAAGUUGCUGGAGAAAGCUGUGGGGAUCCAGCCGCCUCAGGGGCAGCACAUUGCGCUGCUGGAUCACAAGUGUCGGGUGAAGAUCGGCAUGACCCCUCCAGACUUCCGAGAUGCAAGUUGUGUCUCGCGAUGGAAGCUGAGGACCGCUCUGCUCGAAGGUCUGGAUGAGGUAGUGCGCUGGAAGACUGAGUUUGAGUCCUACGAAACGUUGGAGAACGAUGGUGUGAGAAUUCACUUCACUGAUGGAACUACCGCGGAAUGCGACAUUCUCGUGGGUGCGGAUGGGGCUGGCAGCAGGAUUAGAAAGCAGCUUAUUCCUACUUCGAAGAGAGAUACUCUAGGCAUCACCGUCUUGUACUUCAAGAUGCCUCUUACACCCGAGACUGAACUAAUGAUGCCAUUCGGUUCAGGUUGUCUGGUCAUGGGCCCGCGUAGCUCGAUGGUUGUAUCUUACUACAAGGAUAAAGCAACCCCGCAUGGACCAUACAGCAUCGAGACUCUCGAUCCAGAGGGAUCGUAUCUUAUGUGCGGGCUAGGCUGCUUCACGGAUGAAUUCAUCAACAAGAAGCAUCCCGAUGAGAUGACCCCUGAAGAACUAAAAGCCGAUUGGCAAGCGAGGACAAAGCAUUGGCACCCUCUCUUACGCUCAUUGAUCUCGAUGACCAUCCCCGAGUCAGUGUACGUCGCUCAAGUAAAGACUCAGCACAAAAUGAAGCACUGGAAAUCCCGGAACGUUGUCCUGCUAGGCGAUGCCGCCCACAGCAUGACCCCCUAUCUGGGGAAAGGCGCCACAUCCGCCAUCGCCGAUUCUCUAUCCCUAGCCGAGCAUCUCAAGAAGUUGGAUUCCUACCAUGCAACCCCUCAGCUCCCAGCUGUGCUGGAAGACUACACGUCUGGCAUGUUGCAGGAAGGAUUCAAGAUGCAGAAAAAGAGCAAGUUGGUCCAUGAUGUCGUGUUCAUGGGCACUAACCCGUUCAUGAGUCACUGCCGAAACGGGCUCCUUAGGUUUCUCGGGCUAUUUGUUGGGAGUAGUGAUGAUCGAGGCACAAGGACGGCGUAGAAGGUGUAAGAAGUAUCGAUGGCUAUUGGAUACCAGGUUCUACUCAUGUUUGCACAGUGUUUUCUCCUUUGUAUUAUGUCCUCUAUAUCAUAGUACUUUCGUGUAAUAUUUCAUUUUGUCUUGCUUCUAGUUAGUUACUCUAUGAUACCUC